AUCCUUCAAAAUAAUAAAGUAGUGUUAAACUAGGAAUAUAUCAGUGUUGAAUUCUAACUGAUUCUCUCAAAUGGCAAAUUUGCAUAGGAUAUUUCCUCUAACCAUUAUCAUAUUCAUUACUCUCUUAGCAUUUUUCACUAGCAAUACCAAAACAGUUGCAGGUCGAUCUUCUUCCUUCAUAAAACCAACAUGCAUGUUUCAUGCAUGUAUCGAGGAUUUGCAGAAUAAUCUGAGAUUAAGUUCAUCUCCUCCUCAUAGCUUUCAUCGAAAAGCCAGAGUAAGAUUGGAAGAUAUAGAUCCAAGACAUUACAAUUAUUUUCAACGUUAUAAUGACGAUGAAAUUGCAAGACUCGUUCCAUCAGGUCCUAAUCCACUUCAUAACCUUCGAUAAAAUAAUGUAAACCAAUUCUAUUUGGAUUUGGACUAGUUUGUGUGUGAUUAUCUUUUUGUUUUCAUAAUUGUAUGUGCUUCUUAUUUUCUUUUUUGUGGACGCUUUCUCUUAGAAUUGAAUUCUUAAUCUUUGUGCAACAAUUUAUAUAUAUAAUUAACUACUAUUUUUUUUAA